GCGUCGUAAUAUAUUCUGAGUGGAUAACGAAUCAACCCAACUGGAAGAAUGGACUGCGAGCGAUCGCUCCAGCAGCUUCAUAGAUGAACCUCUCACCACACUUAAAACCUAAACAAAUGGCGACACUUUCUCUUUCGCUUCCGCUCUCUCGCACCACCCCGGAAUCGUCUCUUCUGCGUCAGUUGGUCUAGUAAACGGGAGCUCCAGGCACUUCAUCACUACCCUCGCGCCAAAUUCACUUGCUGCUCUUCUUCUUCUGGGAACAAUGGAGUGGGUUCGAGAUCUGGAGAAACCCCGAGGCUUGUUGGGUUGAAAGAAAGAAGUGAAUUGUGUGGCUUGUGGGAUUCUUGCUGCUUUGGCUGUCACUGCUGCUGUUGCCUCUCCUGUAAUUGCUGCAACUCAGAGGCUACCCCCAUUGUCAACGGAACCAAAUCGAUGUGAGAAGGCCUAUGUUGGGAACACAAUCGGUCAAGCAAACGGUGUUUAUGACAAGCCGAUCGAUCUUAGGUUCUGUGAUUACAGUAAUGACAAGUCCAAUCUUAAAGGGAAAUCACUUGCUGCAGCCCUAAUGUCGGGUGCCAAGUUUGAUGGUGCGGAUAUGACAGAAGUGGUCAUGUCCAAGGCUUAUGCUGUUGGAGCUAGCUUCCAAGGUGUGGACUUCUCGAACGCAGUUCUGGAUCGUGUGAACUUUGGUAAGGCCAACCUGAAAGGGGCCAUUUUCAGGAACACGGUGCUAUCGGGUUCCACGUUCGAGGAAGCUGAACUGGCCGACGCUGUGUUUGAGGACACCAUCAUAGGUUACAUUGACCUACAGAAGCUCUGUACAAACACGUCGAUUACUCCGGAUGGAAGGCUGGAAUUGGGAUGUCGAUGAAACUUGCUCUUUUUCUACCCUCUUGACAUUGUUUAUUGCUGUCUGCCUGUCUCUAUGUAUUCAAGAGUACAUGUGAGUUCCUGGAUCCAGGCUUUGGCAGUCACACCUGGGCAUCUAUUGUAUAUGGAAGUUAUUGAUUCAUUGUGUGUUAUAUUUCAAUGAUUAAUUCCAUUUGUUCAUCUUCAUUAACUAUUUCCAAACGAAAUGAACAUAAAUGGCGCAUCUAGUGUAGUGGUAUCAUAGUACCCUCCCACGGUACUGACCGGGGUUCGAUUCCCCGGAUGCGCAAAUUUUCAUUUGAUUUUGUUUUGGUUACUAUGGCUUUCCUCUCAAUGUAAGAAGUUGUUAAUUAUCUUCCUUAUCUAU